AUGUCGCUCGGACACCACAACGCCUGGUUUCCUCCGGGCCAUCUUCGACCUCCUGAUGAUUUACUUGAUGCGCGGACUUCCAAUGGCUAUUUGAAAUCUUUUUCUGGACCCAGAACGCCUCAGAUGCGCGGUUCGGUCGAUGCCGAUGGCUCUCACGCGGGCCAUUUGAUAUCGGAGGCCGACACUGCUUUGGAGGAAGAUCCACGCAUCGCCAUAUUCCGCGACUUAUAUAAUCGCACCGAGGCGAAAAUAAAUAGUCUCUUUUCGGGUAAAAAAUCAUCGGAAGAUACGUCUGAUGAUGUCGUCGCCCUGACCGAUGGGGCUGAAGCUCAGGACCAACGCGCCGACGAACCGGCGCCCGCCCCCGCGCCUCCCAAAAAACCCGCGAGAAAGCUAGACGAUGACGACUAUGAUGACUACGACGAAGACGACGACGACGAAGCGGAGGCUGCGUCGCCCCUCCCGUCAAAAGUUUCCGCCCCUGCUCAACAGCCGAAUGCGAUACCGUCGCCAGGGCCACCGAGUACCUCAGUAUCUACAGGCGCAGAGGGCACAAAGGAACCAAAGAAAGAGAGCUUGGAAGAUAUCCGGAAGAAGCUGGAGGAAGAUAAGAAGGCUACUGAGGAGGCAGCCAAAAGAAGUUUCCACACCCUAUUUUACACUUUGGAGAACGAUAGAGAUGCGAUGUUGGAUCAACAACGCUUGGAAGAAUCUGAAAGACAAGUGGAGGCUGAAAUGUCCGGCCAGGCAAAUGCUGGUAAUAAUGAGACUUCAGCCUCAACCGGCCAUGGCUCGUUGAGUGCUGCCAACCUCGGCGCGUCGAGUUUGACCUUGAAAAACCUUAUCGCAAGAAUUGAUAUGAAGCGCACGAUGGUCCAGGCUUCUGAUGCGGAACUCCGCAGUCUGAUGAGCGAAGUUCGCAAAAACCGCAGCAAAUGGGCUAGCGAAGACAAGAUCGGCCAGGAAGAACUCUAUGAAGCUGCCGAGAAAGUGCUAAGCGAAUUGAAAGCGAUGACCGAGCAUUCUUCAGCUUUCCUGACUCGUGUUAACAAGCGCGAUGCCCCGGACUACUACGCAGUCAUCAAACAUCCCAUGGACCUCGGAACAAUGACGAAGAAACUCAAGGCUAUUCAGUACAAAUCGAAACAAGAUUUCGUUGAUGACUUAAAUCUCAUCUGGUCGAACUGUCUGAAGUACAACGUGAAUCCGGAGCACUUCCUACGGAAGCAUGCGAUCCACAUGAAGAAGGAAACUGAAAAACUUGUGCCUCUCAUUCCCGAAAUUGUUAUCCGAGAUCGUGCGGAGGUUGAGGCAGAAGAACGACGGCUUCAGCUUGCUGAACUUGAUGGCGGCGAUGAAAGCGAUGAUGAGCCUAUCAUGUCAUCAAGAGGUCGAAAAGCCCCUGGGAAAUCAUCCAAGAAGGGUACAGCGCCAGCGCCAAACACCCCAAGUGGAUCUGAACCUCCUACCGGCUCUGCCUCCCAACCCCCGGCACCUGUACGUUCUGACUCCGAUAUUCCCAUGGAAGGGAUUCAGAAUGGUUUUGCGACACCACCUCCCGGAACUCAGACGCCUUCUGACCCGGCUGGGGCUGUUCCAACUACUUCAGGAGGACAGGAUGAUAGCAUGGAUCUUGAAGGCCUCGCGACGCCAACUACUGCACUCAGUGCCUUGGCCACGCCUGGUAUUGAGCUUGCAGACCCAGAAUACAAAGUUUGGAAGCAGGUCACAAAGAAAGACCGAGCGCUUAUUGCUGCAGAAAGACAUCGUCUUUUUAAAGGGGAUAAACUCAACUCGGACGAGCCAGCUCUUCUUCGAACCAAAGCAGGCAUGAGAAGGUGGCUCAGGAGCCAGCAGCAAAUUUCCACAGAAGGAGAGAAGCAGAAUGAGCCUGGGUCAAAAGCAAUGGAACAGAACGCCGCUAGUGAAACCCUUGCUGAGGGGAUUGAGGUUGAGGAGGACAAAGUGAUCCCUGACUAUUACGAUGUCAUGUCUGGUAUCCCUGACCUUCCCCCGCAUUUGCUGUGGAGAGAAGAUAGCGAGGGAAAUCUAGUGGAUACGACGGAGGAGUUUUUGAAGAUACUACCAAGGGGGUCGUUUAUGCAGCCCGAUAGCAAGCUUUCCCGCAAAAUGGAUGCGAACAUGAGGCAGAUGCAGGAAACCAGAAAGAUUUGCUCGAAAGUUGGUAUUGUCAAGCAGAUGCAACUACAAUCUCAGAUGUACCAAAACCAGUUCCAGAAAUACCAACCUGAACCUUUUGUUGAGCAGGAUGCUGAACCCCAUGUUAUGAACGACAACGGACCUGUAAUUGCCCCUUGGGUUUGCAAGGCAGCACUGCAGCGUUCAGUGGCAAAGGUUUUCUACCAUACCGGAUUUGAAGAAUACCAGCCAUCGGCCCUCGAUGCCGCGACGGAUAUGGCCUCCGACUUCUUCCAGAAGAUCGGGGAAACUCUGAAAAACUACAUGGAAGCGCCAAAAGUUCCUGUUGCAGACUCGGCAGAAAUAAUGCCGUCGCCGCAGUGGAAGCGGGCUUACACCGAGCCGGAAAUGAUGCUCCACACGCUGUCCUCUGUCGGGAUUGAUAUCGAGGGCCUGGAGUCCUAUAUCAAGGAUGACGUUGAACGUUUGGGCACGAAGCUUGUGACUGCCCAUGAUCGCUUGCGCUCCCUUCUUUCCGAGCUUCUUCGGCCUGUCCUUCAAGACGGCGGGGAAGACGGCUCCAUGGCAUUUGCAGACGGUAGUGAACAAUUCGUCGGCGGUGACUUUGCCGAAGAUAUUGAUGAAGAUUUCUUCGGUUUCAAAGAAUUGGGGCUGGACAAGGAGUUUGGAUUGGCCACGCUAAGCGUACCACUGCAUCUCCUUCAAAACAGGAUGUACAACGCCGCCCAGUCACAAAACACAAGUACUUCCCAAUCCGUUACAGUAUUUACGCCUCCUCCCUCGUACCCGCGCAUCACUUCCGAGAAUGUAUCAUCACAAAUUGGCCUGGUGCAGGCCUUCUUCGACGCGAAAUUACAGGCUCACAACAGCGAACCACUGGUCGAAGACCUCGAAUUACCACCGAAGCAACGCCCAAUGGCUGCUCGACCGCGUCUCCCUGCCUCUGGUAAAAUUCCACCGCCUUCUAGUCUUCCCGGUCCAACUACUAGCCCACAAAAGCGGCCACUGCCGCCUUCGGCUCCUGGAGCUAGUGGGAACAAGCCCGGGCCUUCAGAGCCUAAUAAGAAGAAGCUCAAGAAGAAUAGUGGAGUGGCCAUGGGGGUUGCCGAUGCUUUUGGCGAGGACGAAACCCCAGCUGGCACUGAUGGCGCGAAGGCUUCAAAAGUGAAGUCCGAGGGUGCUUCUUCUACUGACCUCACCAAAGAUAAAGGUGGAGUUGAAAACUCAGAUGCCAACGUUGCCGAAAGUAACGAUUCUCCUGUCAACGCUGGCCAGGCCAAAGAGAACGACAGCGCAGUGCCUUUGACCAAUGGAACUGCAGGCGAAACGGCAUGA